AUGUCUCAUCUCCGAGCAUCCAAUCUAUUCUCCGUCCAGGGACAAGUCAUUGUCAUCACUGGCGGAGGAAGCGGCAAGUCCCCGUCACUCUCUACACCCAUACCAUACAAGGCGCAAAGAACUAACCCCAGUCCAGGCCUCGGCCGUAUAAUGGCACACACGCUCUCCGCGAACGGCGCCUCGAAAGUCUUCAUCAUCGGCCGACGACUCGAGGCGCUCCAAGAGACCGCCGCACAAGACACAAACGGCACCAUCAUCCCCAUCACGGCGGACAUCUCCUCAAAAGAGUCCCUCGAGGCGGCAUAUAAAACAAUCUCCGCGCAAACCGACCACGUGAACCUUCUGAUCGCGAACAGCGGCAUCCUGGGCCCUCUUGCGCGCGCCCCGCCCACGAAACCCGACGGUGCGCGGCCAUCGCUCUCCGAAGUCCGCGACGCCCUGUGGUCCAUUCCCCCGGAGGACUUCACGAAGACAUUUGACGUGAACGUCACGGGCUCGUAUUACACGGUGCUCGCUUUCCUGCCGUUACUAGAGGCCGCGAAUAAGCGCCGUCCGGCACCGCAGAAGAAUGUGCUCUCGCCCCCAACGGCGCAGGUGAUCAUCACGAGCUCGAUUGCGGGAUUCAAUCGCGCGGUGCCGUUCAGUAUCGCAUAUAACACGUCCAAGGCGGCGGUGAAUCACCUGGUGAAGGUGUUGGCGACGCUGCUGACGGGGUACGAUGUACGGGUCAAUGGCAUUGCGCCGGGAUUCUAUCUGUCGGAGAUGUCGGCGGAUAGUUUCGGGGAGAACGAUAAGGGGGUUUCGGACGGGUCGUUUAAAAGGGAGACGGUUCCAUUGACGAGGGCUGGGGGAGCAGAGGAUAUUGGGGGAUUGGUGCUGUAUAUGGCGGGUGCUGCGGGAGGUUAUUUGAAUGGGAAUAUUACGGUUACGGAUGGAGGGAGAUUGAGUGUGUUGCCGUCGAGUUAUUAG